CUUUUUUUGCUAAGAGAUCUUAAUUUGUGUUUUGCUGCUGGGAAAUGUUACCUGCUGUGGCUGUGAUUUCUUGCAGCAGAUUAUGUUGCACGAUAAUUGGCCGCAAUUACGAGCUCGCUGCUCGCUGCUCGGAAGUUCAAAGUCAGGGUCAUAUGAUGGGGUGCUGAGAUUUCCCCGUCAAGUUGAUUUAGCAUUUUUGGUAAAGGGGGCAAGAGCAAAAUUCAAAAUCUACUUGAAAUGGCCAACAAAACAGAGGAACCCCCACAGAUCUUGGGCUGUGACUUUGAGGUCCGUGGUAAAGUGCCCAAAGAGGCCUUUGAACUCUUUGCCGUUGCUCAGGCCAAGACUCUGGGCUUGCGGGGCUUCAUUACUCAGGUUUCGGAUGAAAAGUUCAAGGGUCGUUUGGAGGGCGAGGGCAAGGUGAUCGAUGCCUUCAAGAAGCUAGUCCUGGCCGCCGCUGAAUAUAUACAGGCCAUCAAGGAGUUCAUCAUCAAGAACCUGAAAGUUAUCCAGGAAUAUACCUACAAGACCUUUGAAGUGGUGGUGGAGAAAAAGUAAAGCUUUUCAAGUUUAUAAAUUUGGCAAAAAUAUAUCUGGGCUUAAGAUUUGGUUAAAUUUA